GUCUGAACUUAGUUUGAUUAUCGCCAAAUCAUUCUUCAACUCUGGUUAUGUAGCUGAAGCAAGGAAGAAGGGGUUUUCAAAUAUUUUUAAUUUCAAAACUUUUCAAAAUGUCCCUUCUGUCUCGCGUAUUUGCCAACGUCUGCAGCACGAUAAAUAGAUACGCAACUGUAGCCGUACAGCAGACCACAAAUUUUCACUCCUUGACGAGUAGUCCUGUUUCUCAAGCAUCUCCUGGGGGCCUGUUCAACAUAGCAGUCCGAACCAAUAUACGAGUACAUUUCCCUAGGCCUUCAGAAAGGCGUAGGAUCAAAAGGCAUGGGUACUGGCAACGCAUGAAGACUCGUGAGGGCCGAAGGGUCCUAAUGAAUAGGAUACUCAAAGGGAGAUGGGUCUAUUCACAUUGAAUCUUAUUAAUUUGUUAUGUAAGUAGUUGUAUAAUAGUAACAACGAAGCCCGUGAUAAUAACCAAUAUUACGAGCUAUAGAAAAUGGAAAGCCAACCUGGGCAUCAUCCUUUAAGGUGAUUCUUUUUUGUAUAUCCAUGUGUAGGCAGAACAGACACUUAUUAAAUUGUAAUCAUAAUAAAUUUUCAGUUCUUUAUGUUGUCUUACUACAAACUAACUGAUUUGGUCUACUAUAAAUGAUUUUCGACUCUCAGAAAUUCAUUGUUGGAAGGAAAGCAUAUGUGCUGAAAAAUUAAGACAUCUAGCUAAAAUAUUAUCUUUAUUUAUUUCAAGUAGAAAAUAGUAUCUCUAUUUAUAUACAACAAUAGAAUUUGACAAUACAUGUAUAAGGAAAAUAAAAUUAAGAUUUUUAGAGGCUGAUUAGGUAUACAAAACCCUCCCAGUUGUCAGAGAAACAAGCACAGCUGUGUCAUAUUGUGUCAUUUGUAGUUUACCUUCAUGGUUGGAGCAUGUUAUGACUUGAAUAGGGAUUAAGGCACUUUUAU